UAUGAGCGCUCCCCUGCUCUUUGGCCGCAUCUGUGCGAAACGCGCCUUCCCAAAGCAAUCCAGCGCCCCUCCCUUCUUCAAAUCACAAGCCACUCGCUCCUUCACCUUUACCGCCAGAACAUACAACCGUCCGCGCUUCUUCCAAAAUGCUCGCCAAUUCUUCAAACGUCCGCCGCCGCCUGUGAAAGGUGGCACCGUCUGCCUCGCCGCCCUCUCGCCCGCCGCCUUUGUAUCGCUGAGCGAGAACGACGAGUCCGACGAUGGCUUGACCGGCGAGCAACAGAUGCUCGAGGCUUCUAGGAAAGAGCUGGCUGAGCAGGUUCCCCGCUGGGUCGGAAGCUCGACAUCUCUCCGCAAAGGCAUCUGGACCUUCCUCGAUACCUGGAUCAUCGAGCCCAUUGCCACUGGCUUCAGACUACUACACUUGAUCUUCAUCUUUGUCCCUGUCAUCGUGACAGUUCCCGUCAUCUGGUUUGGCCAAAGACAGCCCGAACGAGACAAUGAGAGAUCUGGUACCCUUUGGUGGUAUGCUUUCCUGGUUAAUGGCAUGGAGAGAGCUGGUGCUGCCUUCAUCAAGCUCGGCCAAUGGGCUGCCUCAAGAACCGACAUCUUCCCUACCCAGAUGUGCGCCAUCAUGUCUGCUCUCCAUUCCAACGCUCCCGCCCACUCGCUGCGCCACACCAAGAAGACAAUCCAGCGAGCUUUCGGCAUGUCCUUCGAAGACAUCUUUGACGAAUUCGACGAGAAGCCUCUGGGUGUUGGUGCUAUCGCACAGGUCUACAAAGCAAGACUAAAGCCUGACAUUGCUGUCAGCGAAGACCUCGAUCCUCAUAGCUCCGACACUUACCGCGAAAAGUUCAAGAGAGGCGUUGAUAUUACUUUGAAGAGCACCCCACAACGGACUCCUUCGAAAUACGUUGCUAUCAAGGUUCUUCAUCCCAAGAUCGAGCGCAUCGUUCGCAGAGACCUGAAGAUCAUGGGCUUCAUGGCUUCCAUCAUCAACCUGGUCCCUACCAUGGAGUGGCUCUCGUUCCCUGAUGAAGUAGAGCAGUUUGGUGAAAUGAUGCGUCUACAGCUCGAUCUCCGUAUCGAAGCCGCCAACUUGACCAUCUUCCGAAAGAAUUUCCGCGACCGCACCACAGCCUGGUUCCCUUACCCCUACACCCAAUACACUUCUCGUCAGGUCCUGGUUGAAGAGUUCGCCCAGGGCAUCCCACUGGAAGACUUCUUGCAAAACGGUGGUGGUGUCUUCCANAAAGAAAUUGCCGACGAGGGUCUUGAUGCCUUCCUCCACAUGCUCUUGAUUGACAACUUCAUCCACGCAGACUUGCAUCCUGGAAACAUCAUGGUUCGAUUCUACAAGCCCGCCCAGAUUGAUGUCAAGGGCAGUUUCUUCAGCCGACCCAAGCCUGACCCCAAGCACUCGACGGAUGUGACAGAACAAGUCCUUGAACGUCUACGACCUCACAGAAAGUCAAAAGCCGACUGGGGCAAGACUUUGGACCAGAUCGACCGCGAAGGCUUCCGCCCACAACUGAUCUUCAUCGACACUGGUCUUGUUACCGAGUUGAAUGGAAUCAACCGCCGCAACUUCCUGGAUCUCUUCAAAUCCAUUGCCGAGUUUGAUGGCUACAAAGCAGGACACUUGAUGGUGGAGCGCUGUCGUCAACCAGCCGCCGUCAUCGACAAGGAAGUCUUUGCUCUCCGCAUGCAACAUCUGGUUCUAGGCGUCAAGAGCCGCACUUUUGCUCUCGGCAACAUCAAGAUCGGCGACAUUCUGAACGAAGUAUUGAGCAUGGUCCGCGGCCACCACGUCAGACUCGAAGGCGACUUUGUCAAUGUGGUGUUGAGUAUCCUUCUCCUCGAAGGCAUCGGUCGCAGCUUAAACCCCGAAUUGGAUUUGUUCUCUGGACAAUUGGGCACCUCUGGGGGUGCGGGCAAUAUGCUCAAAGGAGGCGAUCUUUCGAUGAUCAAGGUGUGGGCCGGACUUGAAGCGAGAAAGUUCAUGCAGGCCAGUGUUGAGAGUGUCGAGUCGUUGGUCGCUCAUGACCAGUUAUCUCCUAAUAUU